UCUGCCCACCUCAUGCUGGGAUUACAGGCAUGAGCCACUGCACCUGGCCUAAGAAAGAAAUUUAAUCAGCUUUACUUCUCCCUUCCGCCUCAACUGACUUGGAUUUCCUUGAGUUCGGUGUCUAGGGAGCCAAGUGUUGGGCUGUGGAAGGUAGAUGGAUGCUCCAGGGAUAGAGACCUGUAUCAGGUGAGUAACAGGAGCUGGAAUCAAUAAACACUCAGUGGUCACGGUUCUGUUCUGAGUUCGAGGACACAGAAAGAGGCAUGAGGUGGUUUUCAGCCUAAGUGGGGUGGUAGGGGAGAGGAGAAGGAAGCGGACAAGUCCAGGAGGCAGUUCCAGAACCUGAGAGCACAAUCCUGCGUGAUCUCACUGCAGGGCCAGGAUUCUGGAACUUGAGUUGCCUGAUAGACUCUAUACGAAAGAUGUAGUAGGGAAAAGAAGCGACAGCUGGCUAAAGGGGCCCCCCACAACCCUCCCCGACACCCUAGGAGAGCAGCCUCUCUCCGCUGUCCCAGGGUGCCAUGGAGAUGGAGAGCGCGGCGGCCUCCACACGUUUCCACCAGCCUCACAUGGAGAGGAAGAUGAGUGCGAUGGCCUGUGAGAUCUUCAACGAGCUUAGACUAGAGGGCAAGCUCUGCGACGUGGUCAUCAAGGUCAAUGGCUUUGAGUUCAGUGCCCAUAAGAACAUCCUCUGUAGCUGCAGUUCCUACUUUAGAGCUUUGUUUACAAGUGGCUGGAACAACACUGAAAAGAAGGUAUACAACAUCCCUGGCAUUUCUCCCGACAUGAUGAAGCUGAUCAUUGAGUAUGCAUACACCCGGACCGUGCCUAUCACACCGGACAAUGUGGAGAAACUGCUUGCUGCCGCGGAUCAGUUUAACAUCAUGGGUAUCGUCAGGGGUUGCUGCGAGUUCCUCAAGUCGGAGCUGUGCUUGGAUAAUUGUAUCGGCAUCUGUAAGUUCACAGACUACUACUACUGUCCUGAGCUGAGGCAGAAGGCCUACAUGUUCAUACUGCACAACUUCGAGGAGAUGGUGAAAGUCUCUGCAGAAUUUUUAGAGCUCUCGGUCACUGAACUUAAGGAUAUCAUCGAGAAAGAUGAGCUCAAUGUCAAACAGGAAGAUGCUGUAUUUGAGGCCAUUUUAAAGUGGAUUUCUCAUGACCCCCAAAAUAGAAAGCAGCACAUUUCAAUUUUGCUUCCUAAGGUUCGCCUGGCCCUAAUGCAUGCUGAGUACUUCAUGAACAAUGUUAAGAUGAAUGACUAUGUCAAAGACAGUGAGGAAUGCAAACCAGUCAUCAUUAAUGCCCUAAAGGCCAUGUAUGACCUCAACAUGAACGGACCCUCUAAUUCUGAUUUUACCAACCCACUCACCAGACCCCGCUUGCCCUAUGCCAUCCUCUUUGCAAUUGGUGGCUGGAGUGGUGGGAGCCCCACCAAUGCUAUUGAGGCAUAUGACGCUCGGGCAGACAGAUGGGUGAACGUUACUUGUGAGGAAGAGAGUCCCCGUGCCUACCAUGGGGCAGCCUAUUUGAAAGGCUAUGUGUAUAUCAUUGGGGGGUUUGAUAGUGUAGACUAUUUCAAUAGUGUUAAGCGUUUUGACCCAGUCAAGAAAACUUGGCAUCAGGUGGCCCCGAUGCACUCCAGACGUUGCUAUGUCAGUGUGACAGUCCUCAGCAAUUUUAUUUAUGCCAUGGGAGGAUUUGAUGGCUAUGUGCGUCUAAACACUGCUGAACGUUAUGAGCCAGAGACCAAUCAAUGGACACUCAUCGCCCCCAUGCACGAACAGAGGAGUGAUGCAAGCGCCACAACACUCUAUGGGAAGGUCUACAUAUGUGGUGGGUUUAAUGGAAACGAGUGCCUGUUUACAGCGGAAGUGUACAACACUGAAAGUAAUCAGUGGACAGUCAUAGCACCCAUGAGAAGCAGGAGGAGUGGAAUAGGCGUGAUUGCUUAUGGAGAACAUGUAUAUGCAGUAGGUGGCUUUGACGGAGCUAAUCGACUUAGGAGUGCAGAAGCCUACAGCCCUGUGGCUAACACUUGGCGCACAAUCCCCACUAUGUUUAAUCCUCGUAGCAAUUUUGGCAUCGAGGUGGUGGACGACCUCUUGUUCGUGGUGGGUGGCUUUAAUGGUUUUACCACCACCUUUAAUGUUGAGUGCUAUGACGAAAAGACCGAUGAGUGGUAUGAUGCUCACGACAUGAGCAUAUACCGCAGUGCUCUGAGCUGCUGUGUAGUACCAGGGCUGGCCAAUGUUGGGGAAUAUGCAGCUAGACGGGACAACUUCCCAGGAUUAGCACUGCGAGAUGAAGUAAAAUAUUCUGCUUCGACAAGUACCCUACCUGUAUGAGCCUCUUCAUUUAGCUAAUAAAAAGUCUAAGCAAUAAGAAUUAAUUCUUUUUUUUAAAUAAAUGCAGUGUUUAAACUUUGAAGAGUAUUGGAAAAUGUUCAACUUAAGAGAGCCAAUGGUUGGAUGAAUGAGGGAGUAGGAGGGAGGGAAGAAGGCAAUUAUAUCCAACAGUGCAUAAAGAAGAAAAAAAAAGUCACACAGUACAAACCAGCUUUAAAGAAAUAUAUUUAUUUAAAACUUACACUGAGACAAUUAGUAGCUUUAACAGAGAACAAGAUAGCUUCAGGAACAUAAAAUGAGCUAUUUUACAAUGUAAUGUCUCAAGGUGUUCUAACUACUACAUCUCCUCUGACUUAAAGGGAAAUAGUGAAGAUUACAUUUUCAGUAGAGUAGGGACCUGGAUACUACUAGCCCAAAAAACUCACUGCAUCAACUCAAACUAAAUGUUUAUUUUACAAAUAACUCAACGAGCCCAAGCACAUGGAUCAUAAAAUCUUCAAACACCUAGCAAGCACCACUUUUCACGAGUGCAUUAUGCAGGAGGAUUAAGUUAACAAGUGCUCUGCAGUCUGUGCUUCAAUAUAAGACAUUCGUAGUGAUGGUCACUGAGUAAGACAAAAAGCCCUACAAAUGUAAUAAACAGCAGUGAUUUUGCUAUCUAAUUAAAUUCCUUGAAGCAAAAUGACUACUAGGUUAUAUUACUGUUAUUAUAUUACAUCACUCAACUAUGAGCUGUUCUGUUUCCAAUGACCAGAACAUACGUUAUAAUAACAAAAA